UAUGUUAUUCCAGCACGAGCCUUUUGACAGCUAUAAGAAAUAGGCUAAAUUAAAUAAAUCUCGAAAUAGCUACACUAAUCUAAUGAAUUUAUCUAACUAAAUAGAGUUUCGACGAACGCUGGUAUCUGCUUACAUAGUUUUAACUGGCAAGCUUGAACCGAAAACUGUUACAGCUACAUUCUGCAAUUGUUGGCUAGCAAGCUACAAUAAAUUAAAGCUCUUUGUCACAUAGCUAGCUAACUCGACCAUGUGUCAGGUCGAUGAGGAGUACAAUGGACAGCUAGAACACAGAGUGACCCCACGUGUCUCCAAGAAGUGUGUCAAAUGCAAAGAAAAUACAGCGGUACUGAUCAUCCGAGCUGGAGAUGCAUUUUGCAGGGGCUGCUUCAAGGAGUACUUCAUCCACAAGUUCCGGGCCAUGCUGGGAAAGAACCGGGUCAUUUUCCCAGGAGAGAAGGUUCUUCUUGCAGUGUCUGGAGGGCCAGCCUCUAGCUCCAUGCUGUCACAGGUUCAAGAGGGUUUGAGUCGAGACGCACCCAAGAAGUUGAGAUUUGUCCCUGGAAUUAUCUACAUAGAUGAGGGCGGUGCCAGUGGUCAGAGCAUGGAAGAGCGGGAGAGGGCAGUGGCUCAACUGGAGUCAGUUUUCAGAGCCACUAAUUACCAUUACCACAUAGUCCACCUGGAGCAGGUACUCAGUCUCCCCAGCUCAGUGCUAGAUGCAGGAUCCUCGGCAACAGAAAAACCACAGACUGGGUCGAGUUAUAAAGCUGCUGUGGACCAAUUCAUCCAGACCAAGAAGAACCAGCAUCCAGACCUCUCUGUGGAGAAUGCCCAGAGUCACCUGUCCAGUCUGAGUAUGCAUGAGGUCGAGAAUGGAGUAACCAGCCCCAUCACCCCUGAACACACCCAAGCCCUUCAGAAACUGUUUGCCUCUGUGAGGACGCUGACAGCCAAAGAGGAUUUGCUACAUACACUGAGGCAGCACCUGAUUCUCCACACAGCGAGGACACAGGGCUACACCAAGGUGAUGAUGGGGGACAGCUGCUCCCGUCUGGCCAUCAAACUGCUCAGCAACAUCUCUCUGGGGCGAGGGGCAUCGCUGGCAACCGACACGGGCUUCUCAGAUCCUCGCUACGGAGACGUGGUCAUUGUCAGACCCAUGAGGGACUAUUCCUCUAAAGAAAUAGCAUAUUACAACAGAAUGUUUGACAUCCCCUCCGUCUUUAUCCCUGGCCUGGACACUAAGGCACAAGACAAGGCCAGCAUCCAGCACCUGACAGAGAGCUUUGUCACCAAACUCCAGACUGACUUCCCCUCUACUGUCAGCACAAUCUACAGGACCAGUGAGAAACUCCACACAGCAUGUCCCCCUCAGAACACCAACACACAACCCUUUGCUAAGUGCCUACUGUGUGUGUGCGCCUUGGACACUAAACUAGAGGAGUUCUCUGCCUACCAGGCUACACUGAUCUCAGAGCAGCUGUCUCAGAGGCGAGGCCCAGGCCCAGGGUUCACCCCUGGUACAACAGCAGCUCCAGGGCUGACUCCAGCCUCCUCGGCAAGCCAGGGCCAGUGCUGCUCCUCUGGAGGGGGCCAGCAUCAGGGCUGUAUGACUGGAGAGGGGGGCUGCUGCUCCUCUGCUAAGGAACCAGAGACGGUGGAUCUUAAAAGCCUGUUGUGUUACAGUUGUAGACUGACCAUCAAAGACAUGACAGCAGAAGAUGCCCUUCCCCAGUAUAUACUGUCAGAGGCUGAGAGAAGGAAGAGAAGGUCUCAGAUGAGGGAGGAGAUCAGUGAGUUCCUGCUAGAUGAGGAAGAGGAUGAAGCCAUCCCGAGGGUCAAUGGGUCCUUGUGACUGCACAACGUCACUGCAGUGACGUAGUUCCCUUGGCAACUAUACAGCCAAGGCUGUUUGUCUCAAUAUAAACUAACACCAAUUGCUUUUAAUGAAUCAACUGACUGAGUAAAUAUUAUUUGGCUAUAAGACAAUAGGCUGAUUUAAACUGUAUUUUAACUGCACCCAAAAUAAAGCUGCUUUGUACAUGGCA